CCACCUUUAUAAUCCGUAUUUUGCCUCUUCGCCUCUCCCUCCCCACAAGGCCACAACCAUCUCCUCCUCCUCCUCGUCCUCCUCCUCCUCUCUCCCGCUCCCUAAGCCUGGAGAACCCUAACCCUAAACACCAUUUCCCCCGCCUCAAAUAUCCCAACUGCUCCUCCUCCUCCCCACGGAACCCUAACACCACCCUUUAUUCACCAUGCUUCUUCCACCAGCCACCACCGCCACCUCCCAUUUGGAUGAGGAGGGACGACGAUGACGAUAACAAUGGCGGAGGCGAACCCAUAUCGCGAACCGAGCUCGUGGUCUCGGACCUCUUCGUUUCCUUCAUGUGGGUUUGGUUGGGAUCCGUCGUCAGGUACUUGGCGUGCGGGAUUUUGGGGUCGGGGACGAGUUUUAGGGAUUUGGUGAUCAAGGGGCCCCUUGCUGUGCUUUACUUGUACUGGUUCUCGUUGCUGGGGAAGAGGAUGGGGGGUGGAUCGUAUAACCCUUUGAUAGUGCUCUGCUAUGGGGUUUGCGGGGAUUUCGAAGGGUUCCUCUUUGUGGUUUUUGGAAGAAUUCCUGCUCAGGUACUUGGUUCUAUUUUUGGUGUUUGGUUUGUCAAUACAACCUUUCCUGCAGCGGCUUAUGGACCUCGUUUGAAUGUUGAUAUGCAUCAUGGAGCAUUAACUGAAGGAGUACUUACAUUAACUAUUGUGGCAGUCUCCCUUUGGCUAAAGAAGUCCGGGAAGAGCUCAUCUACGAAAAUGUGGAUAUCAAGCAUUUCGAAAGUUAUGUGCCACAUCAUAUCAUCCGAUAUGACUGGUGGAAUCAUGAAUCCGGCUGCGGCCUUUGGUUGGGCGUACGCUCAAGGGCAGCACCUAACGAAGGAACACCUGUGCGUAUACUGGCUCGCUCCAAUGGAGGCGACUCUGCUCGGAGUAUGGAUCGCGAGUUUGUUCGUUCAUCCUCGUAAGCUAAAUAGGAGACAACGCCAAAAUGAAAUCAGAUUUCAAUUAUAGCGAAAUGGUUUGCAGUAGCUGUAUCACCUAUCUUCUAUUGUCCUCAAAAGAAUCUUUGUAUGCUGUGUUUGUAAAUGAUUUAUUAGUUUCUGUGAUAUAAUUAAGUA